ACAGAGGGGUUAGCCAAUGAACGGUCAGAAUGGGGAGGGGGCGUGGCCUGGAGCUGCGAUUGGCAGGCGACCAACCAAUGGCGCGCGGCCUCUGCCGUUCUUGCUCCACGUCGGCAGCAUCGUUGAGGGCAAGAUGGAGGCGCUGAUCCUGGAGCCGUCCCUGUACACGGUGAAAGCCGUCCUCAUCCUGGAUAAUGAUGGCGACCGCCUCUUUGCCAAGUACUAUGAUGACACGUACCCCACCGUCAAGGAGCAGAACCUUCGAGAAAAACAUCUUCAACAAGACCCACCGGACGGACAGUGAGAUCGCCCUCCUGGAGGGGCUGACCGUGGUCUACAAGAGCAGCAUCGACCUGUACUUCUACGUCAUCGGCAGCUCGUACGAGAACGAGCUGAUGCUCAUGGCCGUGCUGAACUGCCUCUUCGACUCGCUCAGCCAGAUGCUGAGGAAAAACGUGGAGAAGCGCGCCCUGCUGGAGAACAUGGAGGGGCUCUUCCUGGCAGUGGACGAGAUCGUGGACGGAGGCGUGAUCCUGGAGAGCGACCCCCAGCAGGUGGUGCAUCGGGUGGCCGUGCGGGGCGAAGACGUCCCCCUGACAGAGCAGACAGUUUCUCAGGUGCUGCAGUCGGCCAAAGAACAGAUCAAGUGGUCUCUGCUGCGAUAGGGCUCGGAUCCCACUGCUAACCCCAUCUCUACUGUGUCCCACCCCCCUGUCCUGUAUGACGCACUGCCUGGCGCCCUAACACGCUGGAGGAUUUUGCUGGA